AUGGCACCAAAGAACACUCUCGCAGAUGCUUGGGACGAUGAUUGGGAAUCUCUCGCCGAUAAAGAAGACGAGAAGCCGGCAGAGGACCAGCCAAAGCCAAAGCUCACAAAAGCCCAACUCAAAGCACAGCAUGCCGAACUCAACAAGCAACUCUGGCAGGCGGCCGAGAACCCCGAGCCUCAGUGGUAUCCCCAAGUACGCCCCGCCCCGGUAGCAGCUACCUUCAAGCCCAAAGUCACCAUGUUGGCGCGUAAGCCCACCCCACAAGUCCUCUCCCGCAAUAUGGCGGGCAUGAACCUUGAAGACGACGACAGCGAAGAAGAGCGCAGGAAGAAAGCUGCGGCCGAUUUCGAGGAGCGCAAAGCACGCGCGCAGAAGGAGCGAGCAGAGAAGGAGCGCAAGUAUGCCGAAGCACGAGAACGUAUUUUUGGCUCACCAGCCGCUUCCGCUGCAGAAGAUUCGCGCAGCAACUCUCCAAACAAACCCACCAGAGGAAAAGGACGGGGGCGCGGUGGAAGAGAUAGCCAGCCUAGAUCGAGCAAUGAGCAGUCACCGGCACGAACAGCAGUUCCUGCACGCCAACUAUUCGACCCCACCUACACCCCAAAACCUGGCUCCGUCUACAUCCACAAGAAAGAAUCCAGCAACAGUCGCCCGUCUACACCGAGUACACAGGAAAAACCUGUGCGACAGCCACAAGGACCUGCUCGCGGUGGCGCACGCGGCUUCGCUUCUAGAGGGGGUUACGGUGUCCAAGCAGGUCCGUCGACAUGA